AUGUCUUCUGAAACAAAAGGAUCAUUACUUUUAGCAUGGCAAGUUAAAGACAAACAUUGUCUUGUAAUAGGAGCAGGUGAUGUUGCAUUAUCACGGAUUCAUCAUUUAAUUAAAGCUCAAGCAAAAAUCACUGUGGUUACUGGACUGUCAAAAAUUCAUCCCCAAAUUAUUGAAUUAAAUAAUCAAAAUAAAUUCCAUAAUUUUUUCCAAAGAGAUUAUCAAUCUAAUGAUUUAACUAUAUAUGAAAAUAUAAAUUCAACAAUUACUGAUUUAGAUAUGAUUAAUCCUGAAAAUUAUAAUUUAAUUGAUCAACAAAUAUAUCAAGAAAUAUUUGCUAUUGUAUGUUGUUGUAUUGAUGAUUAUGAAUUAUCAACAAAAAUUUAUUAUCAAUGUAAAUAUCUUCGUAUUCCAGUAAAUAUAGCUGAUAAACCUCCUUUAUGUGAUUUUUAUUUUGGAUCAAUGAUAAAUCAAGAUAAUUUACAAAUUAUGAUUAGUACUAAUGGGAAAUCUCCUCGAUUAUCAAGAAUGAUUAAAGAUAAUAUAGCUAAAGAAUUUGAAAAUGUUAAUUUAAAUCAAGCUGUGGAAAAUUUAGGAUUAAUAAGAAGUAGAUUACGAGAAAUGAUUUUAAUUGAUGAUGAUUUAACUACUAUAGAUACAAGAAUGACAUGGAUUAAAAAUUUAACUGAUUUUUUCACAUUAAAACAAUGGAGUGAAAUAAAUUUAAUUCCACCAAGUUCUACUCCUCCUUUUGAUAAUAGAUUUCAAUAUGUUGAUAAUAUUAUUAAUUAUUUCCCUGAUUAUCCACCUAAAGAUUAUGAAGAAUUUAAAGAUGCUAUAAUUAGAUAG